CCUCAGGUUUUUUGUUUCUAUUUAAACCCUCCCACCCUGCCUUCUGUUUCAUCAUCUCCCAAACAACCCACAAACCUCCUCUGUUCUUCUCUUCCUCUGUUUUUUCUCUUCCUCAAAUUCUUCGAAACCUUCGAGGCAGAAAAAUGACCAACCAAAAUGUGGUUGUUUCUGAUGCCAAAGGCGUGGCUAUUACAGUCACGGUUGCUGCAAAGCAGAAUAUGUUUUCACAAUCGGUGCCAAAACCGAUGACUGAGGCAGGAAGAGGAGGAGGAUGCUUCACCAUUCCCAUGAACAUCAAGGUUUUGAAUGUUGACAAAGAAGGGGGAGCAGCCCGAGUCAAUGCUUGGGUUGACUCCUUGAGAGCUUCUUCUCCGCCUCGUGUCAAAUCCGCUGCCACUCCUCAGUCUCUUUCUGAAACAGUGGAUAAUAACUCUUGGAGUAGUCGCCAUCCAUCAGCUAUGAGCAUGUUCGAGCAGAUAACAAAUGCUUCAAAGGGCAAGCAGAUUGUAUUGUUUCUUGACUACGAUGGCACCCUCUCCCCAAUUGUGGAAGACCCAGAUCGUGCUUUCAUGUCCAAUGAGAUGAGAAAGGCAGUGAAGGCCGCUGCUAGAUACUUUCCUACAGCAAUAGUUAGCGGGAGGUGCAGAGACAAGGUUUACAGCUUUGUAAAAUUAGGAGAGCUUUAUUAUGCAGGCAGCCAUGGGAUGGACAUCAAGGGACCAUCCAAAAGUAGCAAAUAUAAGAAUGGUAAUCAAGCAGUUCUCUUCCAACCGGCCAGUGAGUUUGUACCAAUGAUUGAUGAGGUGUACAAAAUUUUAUUGGAGAAAACGAGAUCCAUCUCAGGAGCUAGGGUGGAAAAUAAUAAGUUUUGCUUGUCUGUACACUUCCGUUGUGUUGAUGAGAAGAGUUGGGCAGCUUUAGCAGAGCAAGUUAGACUUGUUCUCAAUGAGUAUCCGAAGCUCAGGUUGACUCAAGGGAGGAAGGUAUUAGAGAUCCGCCCAACCAUCAAAUGGGACAAGGGCAAAGCUCUUGAAUUCCUGCUAGAGUCAUUAGGAUAUGCGAACUCAAACGAAGUACUACCAGUCUAUAUUGGAGAUGAUCGAACAGACGAGGACGCCUUCAAGGUGCUACGCGAUAGAGGACAAGGAUUUGGUAUUCUAGUUUCUAAGGUUCCAAAAGAAACAAAUGCGUCUUACACUUUACAAGAACCAGCGGAGGUUAAGGAUUUUUUGCGGCGUUUGGUGAAAUGGAAAACCAGCAAACUAACUAGCUAGGUCGACAAUGGGGAGCGCACAAUUGACUGAAACCCACCCCAAAAUUUUGUGAAGGGUGGAUUGAAAUAUGAAGUUUAAUUUAUUGUUAAGUGAUUAUUAAUUAUGGAUAAUGAAUUUUGGAAAUUGUAUAUAAUGGCCCCUCUCAAGAUCUCUCAUUGUCUUGCGGUCUAUUUGUUUUAUCAACCACAUGUAUUUGCAUGGCCAUUGUUUAAUUAAUCAUGAUGUAAUAUGAGUACACUCUUCCAGCUGUGUUUUUCAAA